UGCAACUUUCAAUUGGGUUUUCAAGGGUAAAGAAAUUAGUUAUAGAUAAGCGUUAAAGUGUUCACUGAGGGUAAAUUUACUUCAGGUUCGAUCUAUAACUUCGAUUGAUUGACUGUUAGUUAUACUAAUCUCGCAUUAGCACCGAUUUAUGUAGGAAUAAGUUGACCGAAAAAAUAUGUCCGCCACAAAGAGUAGACCGACGUCCACAAAUAAAGCAUCUCCAAAGACUGAGACGACCGAGCAGGCCCCUGUGAAACAUGAUAUGGGACAGGACAAGAAAAGUAAGGAAGAAAAUGAGGAUAUGACAGCAGUUGAAGCGAUAACGGACGAGGAGAGAGCAGAGCUCCAGGACACAUUCAAACUAUUUGACCGGGACAGUGACGGUUACCUGACCCCACGGGAGCUUGGUGAAGCAAUGAGGGCCAUGGCCCAGCACCCAACAGAACUGGAGAUUCAAGAACUAACGAAGAAACCAGAAAACUCAGUGGACGAUGAAAACCAAACGGACGCCGACAAGAAAGGUCCCCAAAUGACGGAUUUUGACGCGUUCCUGCAAAUAAUGGCGAAGCGUAUGACGGUCCCUGAACCAGACGACCAGCUCCUAGAGGCAUUUCGCGUCUUUGACAAAGAAGGAACUGGUGUAAUAUCAGCGGCAGAUCUUCGGCGGAUCGUAACAUCGAUGGGGGAGCGGCUGACGGACGAGGAGGUUGAGGAGAUGAUUCGAGAAGGCGACGACGAUGGUGACGGACAGAUAAACUACGCGGAAUUUACGCAGCAUAUGUUGUCCUGAUUGUUGAAGAUAAUACUCGCCAAAUUGUAGUCCCUUGUUACAUGCAUGUUUACAAACUGCUUCGUUAAUACCGUCCAUUUUUACAUAUUGCUUCGUUGAUUCCGUCCAUUUUACACUGUAUAUACCAUUUUCAACGUUAAUAAAAUUGUAAAAAUGCA